UUGGGGUUUUGAUUCUCUUCACGUGAAAGGCGGUUUUUCUUUUCUCCCCUCCUACAUAUAUCUUCUUCUCCUCCUCCUUCCUGGGCCACUUAGGGUUUUAAUUUAAUCAAAAAAAAGCUUUGCUGAUCCUUCGUUAUCACUCCCUCUAUCUCACUCAAUAGAUUUCAUCAUUUUCUAACAAAUUCACAUUCUGUUCUGAUCAGCACCAAAUUGAUUUUCAUUUUCGUUCGUAGUUUUUUGAAUUGAUUGGGUAAUUUCCGCUCCGUUUAUUCAUCUUCGUUUCUUCAUGAAAAUAGUGGAUUCUGAUUGAUUUUGUUUGUCUUCGGAUGGGUGAGAAUAGGAGAUACAUUCUCAAUCAACAUUUAGAUUAUAAAACAACUGUCGAUGAAUUGUUUAUUUUCCCGAUGGAGUCUACAUGAAUAUAUAUCACAGAUAUUGGCAGAAGCAAAACUGCGUUGGCUACGACCAAAUGAAGUUUGUGAAAUUCUUCGCAACUAUCAAAGGUUUAUUAUAACGCCGGAUCCACCUUACAAGCCCUCAGGUGGUUCUUUGUUCUUGUUUGAUAGAAAAGCGCUCCGCUAUUUUCGUAAGGAUGGUCAUAAUUGGAGGAAGAAGAAAGAUGGCAAGACUGUACGAGAAGCUCAUGAAAAACUAAAGGCUGGCAGCGUGGAUGUUCUUCAUUGUUAUUAUGCCCAUGGUGAGGACAAUGAGAACUUUCAAAGACGGUGUUAUUGGAUGCUUGAUACGCAGUUGGAGCACAUUGUUCUUGUGCAUUAUAGAGAAAUAAAAGAGGGGAACAGGUCCGGAAUCUCCCAUUUGGUAAAUGCAGAUUUAGGGGCACCUGCUGGAACUGCUCGUGCUUAUCCUGCACCUUCUGCACAAGUGGACUCGACUGGUCGUACAAUCCAGGCCUCUUAUGCUUCUAGUCCAAGUACAGCCGAAUGGAAUGGACAGACACGAUCUUCUGAAUUCGAGGAUGUGGAUUCCCGGACUGAUCAGGAAACCUCAUCGUCUUCAAGGGCCAUGUCCUGUUCCAGAUCUCAGAAUUCUUCUUUACAUUCUUCUGAUAUUGCAGGAUUCCCAGUGGUGUCAAGGAGCUCUCACGGUGCAGGGUUUCGUGGAGGUAUUUUUGAUCAUGAUAAUUGUCAUUCCUUGUGUCCUGAAGCUCACUGCUCCAUUAGAAACAUUGGUUGCAUGCCCGACGAGAGGAUUCCUUUCAACCAGCCUGAAAGAACUGAAGCUGUGAGUAGACUGACAGCGGCAGCAUUGGAAACAUGUAGUCUUGUCAAAGAUGAGCUUGGGGAUGCAAAUAUGGUGCUUCCUGACACACACUUUCAUACAUUAAGGAGAGGCUCGGAAACACCAGUUCAGGAAUGUCCGAGUAAUAAGGAUGGUCAAACACGCUAUGUGAUCUCAAAUAACUUGGCCGUUGGGGGAGCAGCAGCCCAUAUAUUUCAGUUCCCACAAGACCACAAUUUCCAGUUAUUACAUCUCCACUUUCAAAAUAAACCCGGAGCACCUAUGCUGGACAAUGAUAAUGACAUACCCCUUGUUGAAAAGGCAACUUUAGAAAAUGAAUCACAUAAAAAUGGUGAAGCAAGAGAGCUAAAGAAGCUUGACAGCUUUGGAAGAUGGAUGAAUGAGGAAAUAGGUGUAGACUGUGAAGACUCCUUGAUGGCUUCGGACUCUGGCAAUUACUGGAAUACACUUGAUACUCAGAAAGACGACAAGGAAGUUUCCAGUCUAUCACGACAUAUGCAGUUGGAUAUUGAUUCACCGAGUCCUUCUCUUUCCCAUGAUCAACUUUUCAGUAUUCGUGAUUUCUCACCAGAUUGGGCUUUCUCUGGGGUUGAAACAAAGGUAUUAAUAACUGGUUCAUUUCUAAGAGAUCAAAAACAUCUUAGUAGCAAAAAGUGGUGCUGCAUGUUCGGUGAAGUUGAGGUUCCUGCUGAAAUUUUAACUGAUACUGUACUUCGAUGUCAAGCCCCUGUACAUUCUCUAGGACGUGUUCCAUUCUAUAUCACGUGUAGUAACAGGUUGGCAUGUAGCGAGGUGCGGGAGUUUGAGUAUCGCGAAAAUGCAUCUGAGCCAAGUCCACUAGCUGUUAAAAUUGAAGGGGAAGAGGAAGCGUCUAUCCAAGUACGCAUGGCAAAGAUGCUGUAUCUUGGGUUAGACAGGGAACUGUUGAAUUGCUCUGUUCAGAACUGUGUCAAAUGUGCUCUCAGGAAUGUUUCUUCUUCUUUUGGAAGUGAUGAAGAAAAAGAGUGGGGGGAAAUUGAGGAAGCUUCAGUUUCUGGAAACCGUAAAAAUCCUAAAGAUGCACUGAUUGAAAAAUUGUUGAAGGAUAGAUUGUAUGAGUGGCUUGUCAGUAAGAUUCAUGAAGGGGGCAGAGGAGCCAAUGUGUUGGAUGCUAAAGGCCAGGGAGUUAUCCACUUGGCAGCAUCUUUAGGUUACGGAUGGGCAAUGGCUGCCAUAGUUGCUGCUGGAGUCAGUCCCAACUUUAGAGAUGCUCAAGGAAGAACGGGACUUCACUGGGCUGCGCAUUAUGGGAGAGAGGAAACAGUUGUUGCCCUUGUGAAACUGGGUGCAGCCCCUGGUGCAGUGGAGGAUCCAACAUCAAAAUUUCCUGGAGGACGAACUGCUGCUGAUUUAGCAUCUAGUAGAGGGCAUAAAGGGAUUGCCGGGUAUCUAGCUGAGGCGGAUUUGACUAGUCAUCUCUCUUUAAUGACUAUCAAGGAAAGUGUCAUUGACAGUGUUGCUGCAUCAAUUGCUGCUGAAAAGGCUAUUGAGACUGUAGAGGAGCAGAGCAUUGCUCCAGAUCAGAGCAAAGAGGGUCUGUUCUCUAUGAGGAGUUCCCGAGAGGCUGUUAAGAAAUCUGCCCAAGCUGCUGAUUUAAUCAAAGCCGCUUUUGCUCGUUCUUUCCAUCACAAAAAGGAGUCUGUGAAGAUCAAGGAUGAAAUAUCUGAAAUUCCAGCCGACAUAGUUACCGUGGCCUCUUUUACUAACAAGGUCUCGAGUAUGAAUCACUUCACUGAUUAUCUGCAUUCUGCAUCUGCUGCUUUAAAAAUUCAGCACAAAUAUCGUGGUUGGAAGGCACGGAAGGAUUUCUUAAAAAUACGCAACCGCAUCGUAAAAAUUCAGGCAGUUGUUAGGGGACAUCAAGCUCGGACGUAUUAUAAAAAGGUACUCUGGUCUGUUGGUAUUGUUGAGAAGGUUAUAUUACGUUGGAGGCGCAAAGGACCUGGGUUUCGAGGGUUUUGUGCUGAUAAAUCAAUUGGAAACACCCUACCUGACAAUGAAAAGAUUGAUGAGUAUGAUUUUUUGAGGGAAGGUCGGAAACAGAAAGUUGCUGGUGUAGAGAAAGCUCUAGCAAGGGUUCAAUCCAUGGCUCGUUACCCAGAAUCACGUGAUCAGUACAUGCGGUUGAAAAGUUCAGAAAAAGGUAUAGAGAAUGAAAAUAUUACUGCAGUUACUAACCAUGACUGAGUACAUGCGGUUGAAAAGUUCAGAAAAAGGUAUAGAGAAUGAAAAUAUUACUGCAGUUACUAACCAUGACUGAUUAACGCUUCUAAUGUGUUCCAUUUAUUUUGAAAAAAAGCAUGCAAAUGUAUAUGUUUCUAAUUUUGGAGUAGGUUGUUUUCCACGUGAAAGCUACAAGUUGUAGCUGGAAUGUGGUCUUAGGAAGUCUAUGCGGAUCUCUAAUGUCAGUGGACCGCUGUCUGGUCGUUGCAAUUGUCAUGAAAAUUAAAUGCAAAACUAGCAAAAUUGUCUGGAUGAUGAGGUUAUAACUAACUUGUAAAUGUUCACAUCA